AUGGCUUCUGAUGCUAGCACCAAAAUAUCAAAGCAACCCAAGACAGCAAAGACAUCUCUGAAGAAAGUUGUGAACCAAGUUAACCCUCCAGUUGCUUCUGAUAAGAAGACUGGUGAACGUCCACCUGACAAAGAUAGAAAAAAAGAUAUUCCUCAACCCCGUAUGCAAUUUGAUGAUGCACAUCGGGUGGUGAAAGCAAAGAAGCGUUCAGUUGUUAGCCAAUCAGAAGCUCGAAACAGGGUCGAACUGUUCAGACAUCUGCCUCAAUAUGCACAUGGCACUCAACUUCCUGACCUUGAGUCAAAAUUUCUUCAACCUGAUCUAAUGCAUCCUUCUGUGUACAAGGGUGGACUUCAGUAUCUGUCUGGUGACAUAUCGGGUGGCAAUGCUCGCUGUAUAGCAAUUCUUCUUGCAUUCAGAGACGCAAUAAAUGAUUACUCCAUGCCUGCUGAAAAAAUUCUGAAUAGGGAUCUUACUGCUAAAAUCAGUAGCUAUGUGUCAUUUCUCAUUGAGUGCAGGCCUCUUUCAAUCAGCAUGGGCAACGCUAUUAGAUUUUUGAAGAACAGGAUUACCAAGCUACCACUUGCAUUGUCAGAGUCAGAAGCUAAAGUUAGUCUUCAAUCUGACAUUGAUCGCAUUAUAAAUGCGAAGAUAAUAGUUGCAGAUAAGGUCGUUGUUAGUCAUGCUGUCACAAAAAUCAGAGAUGACGAUGUCCUAUUGACAUUUGGGUCAGCCUCUGUUGUUGAAAUGAUUUUUGACCAUGCUCAUGAACUUGGAAAGAAGUUUCGUGUUGUGGUGGUAGAUUCUCGUCCAAACCAUGAGGGACAAAGAUUGUUGCGCCGAUUAGUUGCAAAGGGAGGUUACAAGAGUGUUUUUGGGCGCCUCUUCAGUGCUAUCAAAUGGUAUGAUAUCACCCCUUCCGAUUAUGUUUCAAUGCUCAUAACAGAUUAUGGAAUGCUCCCACCUACUAGUGUACCAGUCAUUGUGAUUGGUUCCACUGAUGUGGAUCACUUAAUCAUUGUGGUCGGUUUCAAGUUCCUGCCAGCAAGGAUUGCUGUUUUGACUGUUAAUAGGACAGGCCAUGGAACACGAGCUCACAUGUGCACAUAUGCUAAAUCCAAGGCUGUAUAUCAAUAA